AUGGCUGGGAAAUUUGCGUUGAUCACCGGCUGUGGUGGAGGUGGCAUCGGCCAAGCCCUUGCGUAUGGUCUACGUGAUAAAGGCUACACUGUUAUCGCCACGCUGCUUCCCCACGAAGACGACACUCAUUUGACUGCUCGCAAUGUCAAAUUCUAUAGAGUAGAUGUGACGAGCGAGAAGAGCGUCAGAGAGCUUCAUACGGCUCUCGAGACUCUUACCAAUGGUAGACUUGAUAUUCUAAUCAACAACGCGGGAAUUGUCUACACAAUGCCAGCAGUAGACACAGAUGCCGCCCAGGUCGAAAAGAUGUUCCGUGUUAACGUUUUCGGACCGAUGCAGAUGGUGCAUGUCUUUCAUCGCAUGCUCAUCGCGGGGCAAGGUGUGAUUGUGAACAUCGGCUCCAUAGGCGGCAUCUGCCCAUACGUAGCCACCAACAUCCUUAAGACGGAUUUCAAUCGUAGUCUCCCUGAGGGCUCUGUUUACGGGCCUCUCGCCGAUGCCUUCCGGCAGCACGUUCGUAGGACUCCCAAUACAAUGACGCCAGAGGAAUAUGCCAAGGGUGUUAUAGAGGAGAUAGUCAAGCCUUCGUCCAAAGCAUGGUUCUGGUAUGGCAAUGCAACGACUUUAGUCUGGUUCUUCAGCACGUUUCUCCCGCAUACGGCCUUUGACUGGCUCUUUUACCGCUGGUUCAACUUGGAGAAACUGGCAAUCAGAUUCAGGGAAGAAAAGAUUGGGGGUCUUUAG